AUGGGAAACACACUCUCCUACACUACUCAACAACACACCGUCGACCUCGGCCCCCGCGGCAGCAUCACAGGCCUGCAGUACGACAACAAAGCUCGUCGCUAUGCCGCCGUGCCGUACGCGCUGCCUCCCACCGGCCAGCAUCGAUGGCGCAAGCCUCGCCCUCUCCCUCCGUCAUUCACAUACUCCCCUGCCAACCAGCCAUUCAACGCCACGGAGCUGCGUCCCCCCGCGGCACAGGAGGACCGCGACCUGGCCACGGGGCAAGUCAACUCUGCGAAUGACGGCGUCAAGGGCACAGAAGACUGCCUGUACGUCAACAUAUGGACCCCGGUUCCCGCCGACGCAGCCGCGACUGCAAAAUGGCCCGUCAUGGUAUGGCUGCACGGCGGGUGGUUCCAGGUCGGCGACGCAUGCCACGACGCAGCCAGCGACCCGACCGAGCUGAUUUCCACGGGGGGCCUGAACGCCAUCGUCGUAGCCGUGAGCUACCGCCUCAACGUAUUCGGCUUCUUGUCCUCGGGCGCCCUGCUCGAGGAGAGCGGCGGCGAGGCCGCAGGCAACUUUGGCCUGUGGGACCAGAGGCUCGCCCUGGAAUGGGUGCACGACAACAUUGCCGCGUUUGGGGGGGACGUGGACAACAUGACGAUUGCGGGCAGGAGCGCGGGUGCGUACGGCGUCGAGGCGCAGAUUCUACAUGACUUCCGACGGCAUCGCAAUCCGCGUGCAGGAAAGCUGUUUCGCCGCGCGUGGAUGUCGUCGAAUGCGAUUCCCGCGCAGCCAAAGACUGUGCAGGACGCCGAGGCGCAGUUCGACGAGGUCUGUGAGCACUUUGGUAUGCCGGCUUCGUUGCCGCCGGCGCAGAGGCUCGCGCGGCUUCGGGCCACGAGCGAAGCAGACCUCGUGAAAUGCAUCCGCCACUUGAAGAGCCAUACCUUUCGCCCUGUGACGGACGGGCUGUUUUUCCACGCCGGCAUGGUCGAGUACCUGCAGUCGGAGGCCUUUGCGGAGGCCUUUGCGUCGCGGGGGAUGAAGCUGCUCAUAGGAGAAGUUGCUAAUGAGGAGACGCUGUACGCGCAGUUUAAUGGGCCGACGGAGCCGACUCUGGAGUCGUUGCGGCUCCAGGCGGCGAAUUACUACUCCCCUGCGGCGACGGCCAAGAUUCUCGGACAGUAUUCGCUCCCAAAGUCGCGUGACAUUAGGGAUUGGAAGGACGCGUUUGGUAGAAUCAUUGCGGAUGGACAAGUUCGAGCGUCGAGUAGGUAUUUGGUUGACGCGCUGAGCAGACAUGGGCUCACGACGAGGGAUAUUUGGCGGUAUCGAAUUGAUUAUAGAUUGAGCUUCAUUGACGAGACGGUUGCGCCGAUGGAGUACGGGGUUAGUCACGCCAUGGACGGGCCCCUGUGGAAUUAUUCCAUCAAUCAGCUUCCGACAGAUGAGGAGCGCAAAAUGUUGGAUACAUGGGUCAAGAUACUGGUUGCGUUUGUUGGUGGUGAUGAGGACUUUGACUUUGGUACAAGGACCAUCGACGAGGUCAAGGUGCUCACAAGUAAGAUGGAUGUUGCGAUUGAGAAGGAUGCGAGAUAUAACGAGCUUCGAGAGCUUGGUGCCAUAUUCUCACAAAACUGA